GUCUUUUUAAACUUCAGCACCAUGGGCUUGGCAAUCCUUAUCUUUGUGACAGUCUUGUUGAUCUCAGAUGCUGUUUCAAUAAAGAGCCACGCUUAUGUCAGUAAGACUGCGGACCUGCCGUGCCCAUUUACAAAGGCUCAGAACAUAAGCCUGAGUGAGCUGGUAGUAUUUUGGCAGGACCAGCAAAAGUUGGUUCUGUACGAGCACUACUUGGGCACAGAGAAACUUGAUAGUGUGCAUGCCAAGUACCUGGGCCGCACGAGCUUUGACAGGGAUAACUGGACCCUACGACUUCACAAUGUUCAGAUCAAGGACAUGGGCUCAUAUGAUUGUUUUAUACAAAAAAAGCCACCCACAGGAACGAUUAUCCUCCAACAGACAUUAACAGAGCUGUCAGUGACCGCCAACUACAGUGAACCUGAAAUAAAACUGGUUCAGAAUGUAACAAGAAAUUCGGGCAUGAAUUUGACCUGCAUGUCUAAGCAAGGUCACCCGAAACCUACGAAGAUGUAUUUUCUGAUAACUAAUUCAACUAAUGAGUAUGGUGAUGACAUGCAGAUAUCACAAGAUAACGUCACAGAACUGUUCAGUGCCUCCAUCAGCCUAUCUCUUCCAUUCCCGGAUGGUGUGAGGAGUUUGACCGUUGUUUGUGUUCUGGAAACGGAAUCAAUGAAGAUUUCCUCCAAAUCUUACAAUUUAACUCUUCCAGAGUCCCAACCUGUUCAAAAGUAUUGGCUCGAGACUGGAGCUUCCAUUACUGUGCUCCUUGUCGUGCUGCUGCUGAUCAUCCUAGUGGUAAAAAUCUAUCACAAGAAGCAGGACCGGCCUAGCAGGCCCAGCAACACAACCCAUACGUUAGAGCGGGAUAGUCAUGCUGACAGAGAAUCAAUCAACCUGGAGGAACUUGAACCCCAAAUUGCAUCAGCAAAACCAAAUGCAGAGUGAAGGCAGCGAGAGACUGAGGAAAGAGUUUAAAAUCUCUGCGCCUGAAUUAAGAAGCCCAGAGUUGCUCACAAUUCAAAAACGUCCUCAGAUGACUGGAAUUCUACAGCUGAAUAAUUAAAGAACAAAAUCCACAAU